UCCAGGGAAAUACCCGUACUACGGUGCUGCCAGAAUAGACAGCGUCUUGAAGUUGAAGACCUCAAGAUUCCUUCUCAUAAGUUGCUAUAUACGGAUAUGAUUUGGGACGUCUGUUUCUGUGUCGUCGUUCUGAUGUUGAAACAUAAUUUGGCGUGUGAUAAUGUGACAUUUUUCAGAGAUGAAGCAGUGACUGGUUCUAUAAGCAACACUGGUUUAUUAACUACAAGGAUGAACGUCGAAAACCGUUCAGAUUGUGCAGUUAACUGCUAUAGAACCGCAGAAUGUCAGUCAUUUUUCUAUAAUCUGGGCUCCAGCACCUGUCGCCUCCAUUCCAGUUUGUUCCGAUCGACGGAUUCUUCUCUACUUACGUCAGUGGGAUUUGAGUACUAUAGACCCAGGGCCUGUUCGACGUUCAGACUGAACACCUUGCCAUCCAGCUCUCUCACCACGUCAACCGAGAACGGCACUGAAGUUUUGAACGUGGUCUGCAAUGACGGGUACAAGAUGACGGACGACCCUGGGACAGUGCUGUGUGAUGCUGACGGAUUCUGGCCUACUAUUACUGGCACAUGUAAUCAAAUAUACUGGGAAAACCCGCCCGUGGCAUUCGGCGAGAACAUUCCUGGGAACAUGUACGUUGGUGCCAGCAUCAGAUACACGGCUCGUAUGACGGGAACAUUGUACACAUUAAACAUCUUCUCUGACGAUUCAGACAUUGUUAUGCACGUGCAUGCUCGGGACUCGGGUUUGGUGUCGUGGAAGCAGAGGCAGAAUGAUACAUGGAUCCGCACCGACAGUGACGACACUCGAGACCCUUUCAGGCCUCUUAACACGACAUUCACGUGCCUGGUCGAGACAAAGGAGGACAAGAUACAGUUCUCAGUGAAUGGAUCAGAGUACUUUAGCUUCCCAUACAUCCAUGACCCGACUCGCAUCUACAGAUUCGUCCUGCAGCACAACCUUGAGAUCCUGGAGGUCGACAUGCAGAUAUAGCCCCGAGCACCACGAGCACCAUGAUGAACGCGUGACAUCAACAGUCUGUUACAUGACUGCUUGAGAGCGAUGUAACUGUACUUAUGUAAGGGGCCGUGGAGUAGCCUCGUGGUUAAAUCCUUGGCUCGUAACGUAGCGUGGGCCCAUUUGUGGUGUACCCCGCAUUGAUAUUGCUGGAAUAUUGAUAAAUACGGCGUAAAAUCAUACUCACUCACUCAAUGUGGAACCGUAGUUCUGUGA